CCCCACACCCCGGCCUCCCCCGUGAAAAUAAAUCCUGAUUGUGUUUUCAUGGAAACAUUUCAUCCCUCUGCUUGCGUCGGGGGGCGCGACGUCGUUGUCGCCUCCAAUCGAAAGCCCCAGCCCGGGGAAGCCGUGCUCAAGUAAACAUAGCAACAGAUGAGGAGGCACGGGCUGCCGGGUACUUAAAAAAGAACAGGAAGGAGCAGAAGAAAAUUCCGUCUUGUUAAUUGGAAGUUUCAGGCUCCGGGUGUCUCCCGAGGGGCGGCAGGUUGGGAGGCAGAAAUUGGUACCCACUCGGAGAUUGCCCUUCCCCGAGGGAGUGGGACAGCCGGGCCUUGGAGACGGGGCUGGGGUGGGGGGGGCUCGGAUUCCCGGCCCUUUACACCCCCUCCUCCCAAAAGAAACUUUACAAAGAGACUCGGACGGACGGAGAGACUCCGGGACGGAGCCCGGUCCUCGCCGCCCAGCUCCUCCCCGGGGUUUUUCUGGAUGAACUUUAGUCGGGACCGGGAGUCUGAAUCGCGGUGGCGGCAAAAGUCGGUACCCGAAGCCAGUCGCCCCCCUGGUUCUGGCGUUGACGUUUGUGGGAGUCGCGGGGCGGCCAGGCCGCCGACUCGUGUGUUUUGUAAUCAAAGUGUGUGGCUAAUAAAGGGCGGCGCCACAGCCUCCGGACUCCGGCGUGGGAGGGACUCACAAGGCAUUUAAACAAAGAAACUCGUAGCGAAUGGGCCACCAAAGUCCUUAUUGGGGGGUUCAGGCGCCACCCGGGGGGCCCGCGGGGGCGGCGGGCUCCCUGGCCGCGCUUGGAUCCGAUAGCUUGUCAAAACCAAGCUCCGGAGCCGUAGCAGAUAUGGUGGCUGUGAUUGUAGGAAAUGUCCUUUGAUUGACAGCAGGACAUUUAAAUACACCCCCCUUCUCCUUUCCCCCCCUCCCCCCUUUACAAAAACACAGCACGGGACUAAGCAUCUUUGGCGCCCUCCACUGGUCCUGGAAAGGAAAGCCUUUAGGUAGUGUAAUCUCGCUGGAGCAUCUGUGCCCAGAAUUCUGGAGAUACCCAAGUGACGGGUCGAUUUUGUUUACUUCAGUAGCUCCUCUGGUAGGAAAUCCUGGUAUAAACAGCCCCAGCAAAAGUAACUCCCGUAUCUUUAGAAGGACAACUUCUUAAAUUAGCUGUGUUAGAGUAGAAGAACAUCAUGCUGUUGAUAUUGACCUAUAUCACUGUCCCAACUGUGCAGUUCUCCAUGGAUCUUCCUUAAUGAAAAAGAGGAGGAACUGGCACAGACACGAUUACACAGAAAAUGAUGAUGGUUCCAAACCAGUACAAGCUGGGACACGAACUUUUGUUAAGGAAUUACGUGCUCGGGUCUUCCCAAGUGCUGAUGAAAUCAUUAUAAAGAUGAAUGGUAGCCAGUUGACACAAAGAUACCUGGAGAAACAUGGAUUUGAUGUGCCUAUUAUGGUUCCCAGAAUAGAUGAUCUAGGACUUAGACUCCCUCCACCAACUUUUUCUGUUAUGGAUGUGGAACGUUAUGUAGGUGGUGACAAAGUAAUAGAUGUCAUUGAUGUGGCAAGACAGGCAGACAGCAAAAUGAAACUUCACAACUAUGUUAAAUACUUCAUGAAUCCUAACCGUCCAAAGGUGUUAAAUGUGAUCAGCCUUGAAUUUUCAGAUACAAAGAUGUCAGAAUUGGUGGAAGUUCCUGAUAUUGCCCGAAAACUUUCAUGGGUGGAAAAUUACUGGCCAGAUGAUUCAGUCUUCCCUAAACCAUUUGUUCAGAAAUAUUGUUUGAUGGGAGUUCAAGAUAGCUAUACAGAUUUUCACAUUGAUUUCGGAGGCACUUCAGUCUGGUACCAUGUUCUCUGGGGUGAGAAGAUUUUUUAUUUGAUAAAGCCAACAGAUGAAAAUUUAGCACUCUAUGAAUCCUGGAGUUCAUCUGUCACCCAAAGUGAAGUGUACUUUGGUGAAAAAGUAGAUAAAUGCUACAAAUGUGUUGUGAAGCAAGGGCACACCCUUUUUGUUCCAACAGGGUGGAUUCAUGCUGUGCUCACAUCUCAGGACUGUAUGGCUUUUGGAGGGAACUUUCUACACAACCUUAAUAUUGGCAUGCAGCUCAGGUGUUAUGAGAUGGAGAAGAGGCUAAAAACACCUGAUCUUUUCAAAUUCCCUUUUUUUGAAGCCAUAUGUUGGUUUGUAGCCAAAAAUCUGCUGGAAACCUUGAAAGAAUUGAGAGAAGAUGGUUUCCAGCCCCAAAACUACUUAGUGCAGGGAGUCAAGGCAUUGCAUACUGCUUUAAAAUUAUGGAUGAAAAAAGAACUUGUAUCAGAACAUGCCUUUGAAAUUCCAGACAAUGUUAGACCGGGACAUCUCAUUAAAGAACUUUCUAAAGUAAUUCGUUCAAUAGAGGAGGAAAACAGUAAGCCAGUCAAAUCUCAGGGAAUCCUCACUACAUGCCCAGUUUCACGAUCCUCAAAUGAAGCAUCCUCCCCAUACCAUUCCAGACGAAAAAUGCGAAAACUUCGAGAUCAUAAUGUUAGAACUCCUUCUAACUUGGAUAUUUUAGAACUCCACACAAGAGAGGUGCUCAAACGGCUAGAGAUGUGUCCAUGGGAAGAGGACAUUUUGAACUCUAAAUUGAAUGGAAGAUUCAACAAGCACCUCCAACCAUCUUCUACAGUACCAGAAUGGAGAACUAAAGAUAAUGACCUGCGGUUACUGCUGACAAAUGGAAGAAUAAUUAAAGAUGAAAGACAACCUUUUACAGACCGAAAUUUAUAUACAGCAGACAGUGAGAAUGAAGAUUACACGGAAAAGGCAAAAAAGGCAAAAAGCCUAAAGAUAGAACAGAUUUCAGAAGCACAGGGAAAUAGAGAACCUCAGAAACCUCUUAAUAUGUUUUUUGAAAGUGUGAAAUCAGAACUUAGAAAUGGAUCUUCACAGUAUUCUGAUAUUUCUGAUUCAGAGGAAUCUGGGCCUGAUUGCACUGUUCAGAAAAAUGAUUUUACUAGAGAAGAGUCAGAAAGCUCAGGAGAUGAAAAGAAACAAAAAAUUUCUUCAAAUUUUAAGGAGGAAUCUGAAAUGACGAUGAACCUGUAUCAAACUAACAAGAAACCAUCUAAAAGUGAAAUUGCAAGUAAAAGGGAAUGUCCUACCUCGACCAGCACAGAGGAAGAAGCUAUUCAGGGCAUGCUGUCUAUGGCAGGAUUGCACUAUACUACCUGUUUAACAAGGCAGAUACAAAGCACAGAUUAUGCAGGUGAAAGAAGCUCUUUUCAAGAACACAACAACUGCCAUGCAACUAACCAUGAAGUUAGACAGUUGUAUCAGCCUCCUCAGCCACUGGAAUAUGGUCAGCAUAUUAAGACAGAAGAACAAGAAUUGGGGACUUCAUCUUGGGUCAGGCAACUCACAACUUCCAGGUUUAAUCCUCAGGAACCAGGUAAAUCCCAGAAACAUAUCAAAAAGGAAGGUUCACCAGAAUUCAGUCAGAAGGCUCAAAGUAGGAAUUACAUGGACAGCAGUAGUUCAAGUCUCCAAAAUGGGAAGUGUGUGCAGAAUCCAAGCUUUGUGUCAGGCACAUGUCAGAUGAACAAUGGCAAUUUUAGCCCAGAAAGGUCUGGGGGUGAAACUUCCUUUUCAUUACCAUUGCACCCAAUCAAGCGACCUGCAUCUAAUCCACCACCCAUCAGCAACCAGGCAACAAAAGGUAAACGUCCAAAGAAAGGAAUGGCAACCGCCAAACAGCGCCUUGGGAAGAUCCUUAAGUUGAACAGAAAUGGCCACGCGCGCUUCUUUGUGUGAUGGUAGCUGCUUUUGCUGCCAUUUUCACCCUUGGUGACCAGUAUUGAGGGCAAUGGGGCCUGGAGCUUCUGCUGUUCCUCUGCUUGAAGCAGACUUGCAUGUACAAUAUAAAACACUGCCUGAAGAACAAAAUGAACCUGAUGCUGCAUUUUCACUGUGCCACACCCACGAGCAAUAACCAUUGUGGACCUGGUGGGGGGAGUAUGAAGGAGGGGAGGAUUUUAAAAGAGAUCAGGAAUUAGGGCUGGUCUCUUGUCAGGGCUUGAGUAUCAUUUUGUCACUGGUAGUGUCUUGACUUAUUUUCAGUGGUAGGGUAAAAAAAGUUAUCAGUAAUUUAUUUAACAGAUUUUUUAAAAAAGUUAACAGCUUUUAAAUUUCUUUUUUAAGCUAUUUAUUUGGAAGACUCGUGGGGAAGUAUCUCACUAAUUUAGAUUUAAGAAUGUGAAGGUUUUUAAAUUAUUUUUGAUAGCAUGAGUUACAUGUGGUGAAGAGCCACAGUAACAGUAAUUUGUCUGAACUCUUAAAAUUUGAAAUUCAGGUUAAAGUCUUAAACAGGGAUUUGAUGCAUUAAUUAUUUUAAAUUAAGAUGUAUAUGAAAUUCAUUUUAUUUUAUAUAUUUUGUGUUUUUUUUUUUUAAUAAGCUACUACCUUGGCUUUUUCUAAUUUACAGGUUGCAUAUUGUCAUCCAAGUUAGUUACCUUAUUGCAUCUUCUCUUUCUGCUGUCCAUCAUUUUGACAACCCAACAAAAAGUUUUGUUUUACAGAAAAAUAACUUCAAUACCCAAGGCUUUCCCAAAAAAAGAAAAACCUUGCCAAAAAAACCCAAACAAAAAAAAACCCAAACCCUCUUUGUCUCACUUUGACAAUUGUGAUUUUUCUAUUUAGGUAGAAAAAAGACAUCUUGAAAUUUCAUUUGUGUAUUUGAUAUUAGGUCCCAAAGAACCUGCUUUUUGAUAUUUUUUCCCUCCUUAUUCAGAAAAGAACCAUAUGAUUGGUAUAAUUUAAUUAUAUUAGUAUUUGUUUAAAUACAUUUAUAGCUAUAGUGGGUUCUUUUUAUAAUUUUGUGGCUGGGGGAGGGGGAAGGUAUAAAGGGGAGAAGAAGAGAGAACCAGAAAUAACACCUGCCUUAUAGGCUGUUAUAACAAGUUUUUAAAAAUAUAUCCUAACUGUUGGGGGGAGUUAUGAUUUGACCUGCAAUGUAUAUAAAACUAUAUUAUUAAGACCUAUCAAAAUAGGCUUCUAAUUGAAGUUGUUAUAGAGGAGCCAAAGGUAUUGAAGUAGUAGAGUUGAUUGUUUAAUCUUGUAACCUUUUAAGAUUUAGUUUGGAUCUGAGUUUGAGAUGAAGUUGGUGCUUUCUGCAGUUUACUCCUUGACUUAGCCAAUACAUGAAGAAGAUGAGAUAUUUUUAAAGUAAACAUCUGUCUGCUUUAUACAUACUUCUUAUUGAAUGCCAAAUUUCAGUUGUUUGUUAAUAACUUAUAUUUUUCAAUUGAUAAUUUUUGAUAACAAUUUAAAUACUGAAUUUUUGGGGUUGGAAUGGAAAAGUAGAUAUUCUUGAUUCUGAAAAAAAAGAGGGGGGACAUUUUAUAUGCUCCCAACCAGGAAUUUCAAGUCUAGGGAAAUGUACCAAGUAGGCUUUAUUUUUAUGAUGAUGAACUAUGGCCAUAUCACUGAUUUGUCUUAUUUUCUUUCGGCCAACAGGCUGGAUUUAUCUUUUUUGUGCUGUCAUUUAUGUUGAGGAGCUAAAACAAGCAGAUCUGUGUCUCCUUCCGGAUUUACAUUUAUGUUUUCAGAAGAGGAACAAUUCUUUUAUCCCAUCUUCCUUCCAAAGUUUAAAGGAGUAUAUUAUAAACAGGUGAUAAAUUUGCCUUCUUUGGUUAUUCCAAAACCAGAAUGACUUGGCUCAAGACUGAUCCAUUUCUGGUUGUCAGGGAGAAGAUUCUAUCAAACAGAUAGACAUCAAAUAGAUGUCUAUAAAGAGCUCAUUUUAAGCUAUGUCCACACUAUGCCAAAACAACUAGUUGAGAACUGAAUUAUUCAUUAAGCCAACUGGUUGAUUAUUUUUUCUACACGAUGCCAAAAAACUGGUGUGACUGAUCUUUUUCUCCCACUGAAAUGAAGUAGUAUUUUUUGUGUAGAUGGUGUUUUUAGUGUCAGGGAUAGAUUACAAACAGAUUAUUGCCUGUCAAGAAAUAACUUUAAAACUGAUUUUUUUUAAAAAACUGAGAUGUGUAUUGAUCUGAUUUGUAUCUGUAGUUAUAGGUAUUUGUAGCUGCUUAACUUUAUUUUCUUUAGCCAGAUAGCCUAAAAUCAAACAGAAUUAUUUUAUAGAUUAACACAUAUCCUAUAUUCAACAUUUAUAUUCUUUGAUUAUGAGUAAAUUUACUAAGAGUAGCCAGCAUGUAAAUUCUGAAAAUGAACUUCACUUAAUAGAAUCAAAUUACCAUCCCCCAAAUAAUUCCAAUAACUAGAUAAUUUAGUUUUAAAGAUGCCUCUAAUAACCACUGCAGCUGAAAUGGGGAUUUUUGUUUCUGAGUAAGGGAAACCAUAGCUACAAUUCUAUUGACUUCCUAUUCAAGUCCUAUAGGGAUGCUUGAGUCUUGCCAAGGUUUCUUGGUCUUUCAUGCUUAGAUCUGAAGGAGAUAUUGUAUUUAUAUCUAGUUCUCUAAAUCUGCCCUUAUAAGAAGUGAGGAGUUCUAGCACAGACAUAACCCUUCUCAAGAAUAUCUUCUGAGAGAACCAGGAAUGUUACAUUUUUGGGAGACCAUCCCAUUAUCCUUUAAUUUGACAAAACUACUGAACCAUUUUCAGUAGCCCUCUUACAUAAAUAGCUGUCUAAAAAGUUUUCAUUCUGGGUUAAGAGGAGCAUUUUAUGGUUUCUAAAAGCACUGCUUUUGCAAAUAGUUCAUAAGAAAGUACAUUGCACUUAGCAAACUUUUACACAAUAUAGUUUGGGGGCAAUUAGCUAGCUGUAAGUAAAGGGGCUCAAGGCUUCCUAAAUUUGAAAUUGUGAUUUUUUUAAGAGACCCAACUUUUAUGUAAUAAUAGGCAAUGGUUUGAGUUUUCUUGAUGGUUUUUUCCUUCUGUUAAAUUUAUGUCAAAUAGUGCUAUGCCAUGAAGUAAUGGUUAAUAACUAAAACAAUAGGUAAUGUAAAAUCUACAACUUACAAAUUAUGGUAGUCCAGCUUUUUGGAAAUACCUCUGAGAAUCUUUCUUUGAUAAGUAUCAUUUAGAUUAUUAUAUGCAAAGAAGGAAUUUCUAAUCUAUAGCUGCCUAUUUUUAUACAUAAAAUUAAAACUAUUCAUACUUAUCAGUUGAAUAUUUAAUUUGAUUCUAAAUCUAAAACUGUCAACAUCUACAAUAACUAAUUUCCUAAAAAAGGUACUCUUAGUUUACACCAAAUGAGAAAGAAGGUAUUUGUCUAGACACUGGCUGUGUACUACAUGAGUGCACUCGGAGUGGGGAGGAAGGAAUACAAAAGGAGGGGAGAAACCACAGUCCUAUCAAGGACUAUUGAGCAUUUUCAUCUUUUAGGCUUGCUGAAAUGAAAUAAUCUAUGGGAAAAAUCCAGCACAGUUUUAUUCAUUUAAUCUAAAACAGACCACUAUAGGAUGGGGAAAAAAAAACAAACAGAAAUACUUGAAAUAGGAACUAUGAAAAUUGAUCAUUUUAAUGUUUGUAACUUAUAACUGAUUUUAAACAACAACCUGCUAUUUUUAUGAAUGGGCACAUUUUUACUAUAGCAUAAAAACUUUUGAGAAGUGAAAAUAAUGCGGAUCAGAAUAUUUAUUUCCUGAUGGGAAACUCAUCACUUAUUUCAUUAGAAAGAAUUCUGAAAAAUCUUCAACUAGAGAGUGAAAGAGAGUUACAGUUCUUGAAGUAAAAUAGUUCAUGUGUCAGUGAAGUAAGAAAGUGCUUAUCAUUUGCCCUAAGAAUAAAAAAUUAUUUAAAAAAAAAUCUUAACAAGUAUAAGAAUGUUUGCAUUCAGUUUAAGAGGAGGGGAAAGAUUAGAAUAGAAAGGAGAGAAGUGGGAUUUUUACUGAUUUAAAAAAUGUAUAUAAUUAAGUAUAAUAGAGUAACUUUCUAAGAAGAAAUGGAUUGCGAUAAUACCACAUAUCAGCCUAGCCUUCUAAGUGAAGAAGAUAAAACUAGAUUUUUAAACCAUCUUGAAUAUUGUAAUUUCAUUAAGGAAAUUAUUAAGAACAAGAAUGUUGAAAAUUUAGAAGGAAUAUCAGCAAAGAUAAUUCUAUUAGAUCUCAACAAAUUUAAAAUACAUUUUAAUAAGGAAGGACAUAAAUUUCAUUAAAUACUUUUUAAAAUAACCUCUUCUCCCCCUGCUUUGUUUCUUCUCCCCUCUCCCCCUGUUCUUUUUUUUUUAAUCACAUUUUGGUCUAUUUUGGUGCGUAUAUACUUAAUGAAAAUUGAUAAGGAAGAUUUUUUUAUUUUAUUUUAUUUUUUAUUACUCCUUUUAUGAUCACCAAAAGUAAAAGUAUCUUCAUGGAUGAUUGACUAUAGUUUUAGUUUCACUUUGAGGAGUUAACAAAAAUUAAAGAGUUUAAAAAAAUUUUUUUUAAAUUAAAGUAUAAAUAUUCCUCCUCUGCCCUCCCGUGCCCCCCCCCCAAAAAAAAAAUGCCUGUGAAGUGCAUUUCUUCCAGCAAACAUUGAGCCUGAAGGGAGAGAGACUCUAGGAUUUCACUGAAUUUUAGAUUUCAGACUUGGAACACAAUAGAAAUUUAUUGUUAGAGCUUCCCUGCCUUCAUAUUGAGUAUAUUACUUCCCUUUUACAGAUGAAACAGUAGAGAACAGAGAAUCCCUUCCAUAGCUCCAGCCACAUAUGGCUAGCUAAAUACAUUUUAAUAAUGGAGGUUAGAAGUUUCCUUCCUUCUACAAGUUGCUUCCAUUAUAUUGUGCUGUAUCAGUGUUUUUUUUUUUUUUUUUAAUUAUAUUAAUUAGGUAACCAAAAACUAGAAGGUGUAAGAAAAGCAUUAUUGUAUCAUGGUAUCACAAUUAAGAUUUUAACAAAAGAGUAAGCUGAGGCAGAUCUCUGAGCAAAAUAAUAUUUAUUAGCAGGGGCAUGCUACCUGUCAAUAAAUGGGUCCAUGGCUUUGCUUCUAUUAAUGCUAAAGACCCAUAGCACAAGGGCAGUUCCCCUUUUGUAGGAUUUGGGGAAUAUAGAGCAGGGUAGAUGACAUCAUGGAAUUAAGGGCAGCAUGCAUCAUUGAUCACAAAGCAGAGGUGCAGGAAACACAUGGUUGUUGGAAGUUUGGUAGUGGGGGCUAGCAACGAUCCCCCUUCUCUCAUGAGACUUAAGUGCUCUAUGUUUAAGUCCAUGUGUGAGAUAAGCUCAGACUUUUGGACAGCAAACCAGACAUCCUUGAAGGAUAGCUUGUUGAUAUCAGGCUCAACUCCUUUUUUGUUAACACUGGUUCUCCAAAGUCAGUUAAAUUCCUUGAGGCAAAAAUAGAUUUUAAAAAUUAACCCCUUAGAGGCCAGCUAGAACUCUGAACCGAGUUCAGAGACAAAAAAACCAUGAUUUAAGCAGUUGCAGGACAAAAAGCAGAGGGCAAAAUCAAUUACUUGUAAAAUAGGAUCAAUAAGAAAAUGAUACAGGAUCAAUUUUAAUUUUCUCAGUGAUUAUAAUUAGCAGACUGAGUCUACCUGGAAUGGAGAAAUUAUUACUUUUUUCCUAAGGUUUCUUUCUUUUUUUUUUUUUUUUUUUUUUUAAAUUUUAGUAGGGCUGUGGCAUUAAUAAACAUUUGGUGUACUUGAGUAAAAAAAAAAAUCUUUUAAAAUGGUUAAAAAAAACAACAACCCUAACGAUGAUAACCCUAUCACUAAAGCAAUUUGCCUAUUGUGGUUAACUGUGGUUUUACUUGUAUACUCUUCCCCAUCUUCUUUCUUAAACCUUGUCUCCUUCCUAAGUUGCCUGAGAAUUUGUUGUCUUAAUAAGGAAAAGGUGAAAAUGAGGGUAAAACCUCUUGGAAACCAGUAGCACUGAAUCUUCCAGCAAGUUUUUCUUCUGCACUACUUUCCUAAUAAACCCUGGCUACUAGGUAGCCUUUGAUGACCUCCAAGUAGUUUACCUAUGCAACUUGUCAUAUCCCAUCCAUUCAUCUUUUUUUUUUUCUCUGCUAUUUCAGGAAGAAGUUCCCAGGGGAGGUUUUUGGUAUAAAUUUGGCCUUCUCCUGGUUUUGUUUUGGCCACUUUUCUUCAUAAGUUUCAGCUUUCCUCAAGGUAUAUUUGACUAGAACAUUUAGGGGGGAACUCCUAGCAGUAGAACAUUUAGGGGGGAACUCCUAGCAGUAAAUUUGAUAUCUACUAAAGGAGUUAUCUCCCUUUACCUGAAAUCUUUUUUCUCCUCUAAAAAUACUAAUUUUAAAGAUUAACCCUUUAUUUAUUUAAGAUACUCACACAUUACUUAUACAUUAUAUAGUCAGGGGCCCGAGUAUAACUCAUUACAUGAACCCUAGAGCUGUUUUAUCUUUCAGAAGAAAUUUAAACCAAACUAAGAGCCUUACAAUUUAAGGUGAGGCUGGAUUAAAAGCUGCAAUCUCAUUUUCCCCCAAAUAGAAGUUCUGAGAGAAGUGCGUCACAAAUCUUGCAGCAGUUUGGUGGGAUGUCACAGCACGCAUCGGGAAAUGCACCUGUGUCUUUGCAGUUGUAUUUCCUUUGGAAAAGACUUUUCUACUUUUAAUAUGAAUUAAGCCAUAAUAAUUUCAUGCUGUGGAACAAGAAUGGAGAGCUUCACUUUAAGAGAUUAUAUAAUACAAACUUUCACAUUUACUGUGAAAUGACUUGACUUUGCCAGUGCUUCAGCAGGUUUUGUGGUGAUAUUUUGGAGGGGGGAUAUGAUAUUUUGUUUUUUAAUCUGUGAAAUUUUAAAAGGGGACAGUUGUUGGCUAUGGUAUUUACUAGUUUUGUAGUAAUGUUUUGCUAACCUGACUGCCUUUCUUCCCCAAUGAUUUUUAUGGUCCAAGUUGACUCUUGAUAUUCUUUCUUACUUUGGGUGUCUCUGGGGGUAGUAUCUUGUCUAUUUGUAUAGGUUGUCGGUGUGUGUGCACAGGGUGUGUCCUUUUGUUACAGAAACACACUGGGUUGCAAUUGGGUGUUUGGCUGGGAAAUGGGGUUGCUGAAGUGUGAAGAACGUUUUUGUUUUUGUUUUUUUUUUUCCAAUUCAUAACAGUAUUUCCCAUCUUUUGCCUGCAGGCAGGGAAAGUGUAUGUACAGUAUUUAUUUUGUUUCUAUUUUACUUUAAAUUUGUAAGUUUUGAAGUAGCUUAUGUUGGUCAUAGGGAAGGACAAGUGACUUGUUUAAAUUUGUAUUUGGUAUUCAUACUUUCCAAUUUCUGUACUUUUAAGAUACUGAGAUUAAAAUUGGUAUUAAUUUUUGUUUUGAUUUUAGCACGCCAGUGUAAUUUUUUUGUUGUUCAUUUUGUUUGAAAGUAUAAAUGCUGAAAGCUGUGUAAACUGUGUCUUUGGAAGAAAAAAAUUCUGAAUUCUAUUUCCAA